GUCUCAAUAGUGGCUCUGCAAAAGGGUGAAAUCCGCAUCGUUCAAGCGAGCAUGCUCGGCUCCAUCCUUUCGAACAUCCUUCUUGUGUUGGGCUGCUGCUUCAUCGCAUCCGGCGUGCGUCGGGAUGAGUCUACUUUCAACGAGACCGUUGCGUCGACUAUGUCCUCACUCAUGGUCGUUGCUGCGACGUCAUUGAUCAUUCCCGCGACCAUGUAUGCAGCUCUCUCCGGGAGCAGCAAAUCAACCGACAGCAACAUCCUCGUCCUUUCCAGGGGCACUGCCAUCAUCAUGCUCCUGCUUUACUGCUUGUACCUCUUCUUCCAGUUGAAGUCGCACGCGCACUUGUUCGAUGCCGAGGCUCAAACAGGUGAAGGUGGCGAGGGAGGUGAGGGCCAAGCUUCCACCGAGCCCGAGGUUCUUGGACCAAUUCCGGCUUCCGUCUGUCUCGUCCUCGUCACAAUCCUCGUGGCCGUCUGCGCAGAGUAUCUUGUUGACAGCAUCGACGCCAUUGUCGCUUCUUCGGGCAUCAGCAAGACUUUCAUCGGUCUGAUCCUGCUGCCCAUCGUCGGAAACGCUGCCGAGCACGUGACCGCCGUCGUGGUCGCAUACAAGGAUAAGAUGGACUUGGCUAUCGGUGUAGCCAUCGGGAGCAGCAUCCAGAUUGCCCUCUUCGUCACUCCUUUCCUCGUCAUCCUCGGCUGGAUCAUGGGUCAAAACAUGACCCUCCACUUCGAGGGCUUCGAGACCGUCGUCUUCUUCCUCAGUGUCCUCGUCGUCAACUAUCUCAUCCAAGACGGCAAGAGCAACUACCUCGAGGGUGCCAUGUGCAUCGGUACCUACCUCAUCAUCGCUCUUGGCUUCUGGGUCUAUCCGGAGGACACGAAUGCUGAUGGGAUGGUCCACCGGUUCUUUGGUCACAACUGAGAGGAUUAAUGCGAUGGCCGCACAAAAGCUGUCUUUUUGUUUGAUUACUGUUUGGCGCCAUCUCCUUCAGAAGUUUGGCUCGGAUUUUCCGGUCGCAUAUUACACGAGCGUGGGCGCAACAAUGGCGUUUCAUUUUCCUUGGGUUUGGGUCUUGACUCCCUUUUGGCGUGGAUCGAUUCACAUCAUCCUGUUCAACAUGGCAUCGAAUACAGCUCCAUCUUUGAGAUCGGGGAGUGAAGAGGGCGUUUCGGGUCCCGAGACCCAUCAUGCUUUGAGAUCAUCUGUAUAUUAGCACCAUCCAUUCUUUGAACAGAGAUUCCCGAUUUAUUCCCGACUCGCGGUAUCGAAUGUAGUCAACGCCAUCGAUUGAAGCGCCAGCAGCGAAGGUCAGGGAAUUCUCCCGUGGCACGGAUGGAAAACCGCAAAAUUAUGGAUCGGGGAUAUAAUAUAUUGUAAUGAAUUGUAC